UCCUUGUCUUCUCAUUCCGCCUUUCUCUCACUCUGGCUCUCUCUCUAUAAAAGAGUGGUGGGCAGGCAGGCAGACAGACAGGCAGACAGACAGACGGGGAGAGAGAGCCUGCUGACGCUCCGACUUCAUGAGGAGAUGAGCAGGACACAUGCGAGACAGCUUGGAAUCAACAGGAUGAUUGACAGGUUCCUGUCCUGACACUGGGAGCAGAAAUGCCUGGCGUGCUCCGUGGGGUCUUACCUCACCAUGCUGUGUCCAUCAGCUGCUGCCUCCUCCUCUUCCUCCUCCUCUUCCUCCUCCAGGCCACCUUGGGUCAGAAGCCUGCCAAACUGCCCCUGGUGGGUCGCAAGCCCUUUGUGGCGGGCUGGAAUGCCCCGCUGGACAUGUGCACGCUCAAGUACAACAUGAGCAUCAACCUGGAGGUCUUCCAGAUAUCAGGCAGCCCUCGCUCUGUGCACAGGGGGCAGAACGUCACCAUCUUCUAUGCCAACCGCCUGGGUCACUACCCCUUCUACAACGAGGAGGGCACGCCCGUCAACGGGGGCCUGCCCCAAAACUGUAGCCUGGAAGCUCACCUGCGCAAAGCUCACCAGGACAUAUGCCACUUCAUCCCAGCCGAGGACUUCCAGGGCCUGGCCGUCAUCGACUGGGAGUACUGGCGGCCACAGUGGAGCCGGAACUGGCACAAGAAGGACAUCUACCGCCAGCGCUCGCGCGAACUGGUCGCCCAGGCCUACGUCAACGUGACGGAGGAGCAGGUGGAGGAGCUGGCGCGCCGCCUCUUCGAGAAGAGCGCCAUGGCCUUCAUGAGAAAGACUUUGCAGCUGGGCACUCAGACCCGUCCCAACGGCCUCUGGGGUUACUACCUGUACCCCGACUGCCACAACUACAACCAGCACGACAACAACUACAGCGGCACCUGCCCCCUGCUGGAGAGUCUGCGUAACGACGAGCUGGAGUGGCUGUGGGACAGCAGCACGGCACUCUUCCCUUCCCUGGCCAUCCGCAAGGCCAUGUCCGACAGCGAGCUCAACCUGCACUUCUCCCAGAACCGGGUGAUGGAGUCCAUGCGGCUGGCGGCACUCACAUCGCUGCCCUACGAGCUGCCCACCUACGUGUACACACGGCUGGGCUACAGGGACGAGGCCAUGGCUUUCCUCACCACAAAAGACUUGAUUCACACCAUUGGGGAAAGUGCUGCUCUUGGUGCUGCAGGUUUUGUGAUCUGGGGAGACCUUAACCUCACCUCAUCAAGACUCAACUGCUCCAAGGUGAGGGCAUUCAUGAACUACAGACUGGGUCAAUACAUCACCAACGUGACCCAGGCCGCAGAGGUGUGCAGUACGUUCCUGUGCCAGUCCAACGGACGCUGCGUGCGGAGGGACCUCAGAGCUCCACACUUCCUGCACCUCAGCAAGCCCGGCUACCGCAUCAAGUCCCUGAGGAACGGCUCCUUCAGCGUCACCGGCCAGCACUCCCAGCAGGACCUCCAGCAGCUCACGGAGAGGUUCCAGUGCCACUGCUAUCAAGGCUACGGGGGAGAGCACUGCAACAGCCUUGACAAAGACAACGGGACAGACAGGGAGAAGGAUAGGGAGAAGGAGGAGGACAGGGAGAAGGAGAUCGAGAGGGAGAUAGAGAAAGAGAAAGAGAAAGAGAAAGAGGAAGAGAAAGAGAAAGAGAAAGAGAAAGAGAAAGAGAUAGGGGAGGAAGAGAAGACAGACGAUAAGACAGAGAGUGCUGCUGCUCUGCCGACCUCAUACACCCUCGUGCUUAUUAUUCCACUUCUUGUGGUUCACUGGUGUGUUUGACCAUCAGGG